AUGUCUGUGCUGGACAAGGUCUUCGCCGUGAAGGAAAGCGGAACGAACCUUUUGGGACGGAAAGCAGCUACAGACUUGAGAAUUUCGGGAAUCGAUACAUCAAUCUGCAGUGUUCAGGCGAGCUCCAACAAAAAUGAAAAAAUCAAAGGAGUUACAGUGUCUGUUCAAAUCAAUCCCGAUGUAAAGCCUAUUCAACAUUCCCAAAGUCGGAUACCAAUACCUCUGCAGUCGAAAGUUGAAAGUGAACUGCGAAAGCUUCUAGAUCAAGAUAUCAUUGAACGAGCACCGAGCGAUUCACCCUGGAUCUCCUGA